UAGAUAAGAUAAGACCCUCGAUAAGAUAAUAAUUCCUAGUUCAACUCCAAAAAUUUCCUAAACAACAUGUGCCCACGCUCGCCCAUUGAAUAAUGGCGCCGGAAGCAAAGACGACAAAAAAAGACCCCCGGGCCUGGGAUGCUUUGACACCUCCCUUGGCGGAAUGGAUAUUAGAUGCCGUUUCAAGCAUGGGCUUUGCCCGGGCUACUCCCGUUCAGGCCAGUGUAUGGCCUCUUUUUGGAGGGGGAAAUAAAGAUGUAGUUGUAGAGGCAGUUACCGGUAGCGGAAAAACUCUUUCGUUCCUCCUCCCUCUCGUUCACAGGAUCUUACGACAGGACGAACCUACGAAACGACAUCAUGUAGCCGCCAUUAUUGUCGCACCUACCAAAGAGCUUGCAGGUCAGAUCCAUGGCACUCUAACCUCGCUCGUCGCCUUCCACCCUCAAUCUUCCGAACUCCUAGCUCAGCUCGCUGGUGAGGAAAAGCGGCUGGAUACAAGUUCGCCUGUUAUCAUCCCGCAACUCCUCUCCGGCGGCAGCAUCACGACUCCCGCUCAAGAUCUUAGCUUUUUUCUCCGCGCGUCACCAAACGUCUUGAUAUCAACGCCCGGCCGACUGGUAGAACUUCUCUCCUCCCCGCACGUGCACUGCCCGCAGUCCUCCUUCGAACUUCUAAUCCUAGACGAGGCGGACAGACUUCUUGAUCUAGGGUUUAAGGCAGAUUUACAGAAGAUCCUUUCGCGACUACCGAAACAAAGGAGGACGGGUCUCUUCAGCGCCAGCGUCAGUGAGGCAGUGGGCGAAAUAAUCAGAGUUGGUCUGAGAAAUCCUGUCAAGGUUGCAGUUAAAGUGAAGAGUCUAAAGACGGGUGGAAUUAUUGAGGAGCGACGAACACCUGCGAGUCUUCAGAUGAGCUACCUAACUACGCCCGCCAGCCACAAGUUGCCAAGUCUCGUCCAGCUCUUAGAAAAACUAGACCCCCGACCACAGAAGAGUAUCGUAUUUCUCUCUACAUGCGCCGCCGUCGACUACUUUACGCACAUUCUCCCUACCCUUCUUCCCGAGGACUUCGAUUUGGUUUCUCUACAUGGAAAAUAUGAAGCCAAAGUGCGCGAGAAGAAUUUCGCCAAGUUUCUCAACGCGGCACAACCUUCGGUCCUACUCACCACCGACGUAGCCGCCCGAGGCCUUGACUUCCCGCAAGUCGACCUCGUCGUGCAGAUCGACCCGCCCUCAGACCCAAAAUCAUUUCUACAUCGGUGCGGUCGUGCUGGCCGUGCGGGGCGCCGGGGUCUCAGUGUCAUUCUCCUGCAGCCGGCAGAGUUGGACUACGUGCCAUUCCUAGAAGUACGGAAGACGCCUAUUAUGCCACUUGCCUAUCCAGUAAUCUCGGUAAAUGAUGUUGAUGUCGACACGACUACCUCGCGGAUUCGCGAAACAGUAAAACGCGAUCGCGCUCUACACGAUAAGGCACAGAAGGCAUUUGUUAGCUGGCUUCGUAGUUAUAGAAAACAUACUGCAAGUUCUAUCUUCCGCAUUGCGGACCUGGACUGGACAGACCUAGGACACGCAUGGGGGCUGUUGCGACUGCCGAAAAUGCCAGAACUACGGAAGUUCGAAGGUGACAAAUUUCUGGGGGUAACAAUGGACUGGAAUGCGUAUGCAUAUGCCAAAAAGGAUCGCGAGAAACAGCGCCUGGAAAUAUUACAAAAGAUGACCGAGGAAGCGGCCAAAGGUAACGUAGGGAAGUCGGCUGAGGGGCAGAAAGAGCGGCGCAAGCGCAAUGCCGAGGCAUGGAGCGGAAAACACGAGAAGGAGGACGAACGGGCGGAGCGUCGCGAUAAGAAAAGACGCAAACGCGAGGCAGAGCGGCGGCAGACGCUUACCGAGGAGGAAAUAACAAAGGAGAUGGAUCUCAAGCGCUUGCUUGAGGAGGUGCGGAGACGGAAUAAGGAGAAGUUGGCUGCUGAGAGUGGUGGUACUACGACACAAGGGGGCGCCGUUGGUAUUGGGAAUAGCGAUAAUGAUGAAUUUGAGGGCUUUGACUAAAUAUGAAAGUAGAUGUAAAUACCCCCUGAAAUAUCAAAUGGAUUAUCAAAGUCGAGGCGUGAUCACACGAUAUAAACUACACCAGGCACAGACAAAAAAAGUGAAUCGAUACAUACUAAUUUUGAUACUGUCCUACUAGGCCCAAGCAACAGAACCUCCAGCAAGGAAAAAAAAACUACAAAAAAUAGAAACUACAUAAAUAGAGGCGCAAUAAUAACCAUAUCUCAAUCGAACGAUGGGUAUCCAUAAUGGGUAUCGGUAACCGCCUUUCCCUCAGCCCAACCAGUUCCAUUCGGCAUCUUCUCACAUAGUUGAUCAUUUUUUAGGUAUAUAUAUCCUUCGCCUGGUCUGCAACCAGUCAGGCUCGGCUCUUUCGUGAGGUAUGUCCAACCCAAUAACACGUAAUUCCCCAUCAUUACAGCCUCGUU